AUCUAAGGAGUGAGAAUAGUCGUGACCACUGGUAAUAAAAUAAAUGAUCAUUCCCCACGAAAAUAAAAGUAUAUCAAUGCUAUUUCUCCAUCUUCCCCUUCCAAAGCAAAGGACAAAUGGAUAGCAUCCCUUCACAAAAAGUUGCACAAAUUUCAGUAGGAGAAGCCCACACCCUUGUUCUUUCAGGUGAUGGCAAGGUUUAUUCAUGGGGUCGCGGCAUGUUUGGCCGGCUUGGUACUGGUAAUGAAGCUGAUCAGAAUUCCCCUGUUCUUGUAGGUUUUGAGAGAGCGAGACGAAAUUUUGCAGAGGGAACCCUAGAAAUGGCACCCAAAUUUGUUGCGGUUGCCUCUGGUGCUUACCACAGUCUCGCAUUGCAAGAGAUUAUAUUAUCAACUCUAACCCACCUGGACCUGCCAGGUCGGGUGUCCGGAUCUGGUCAAUGCUGGGCCGGGCCUGGGUCAGAUGAUGGAUCGCUUUGGUCAUGGGGGUACAACUAUUAUGGCCAGCUUGGUCAUGAUUCAGGUAAUACUUUGACUCCUCAUGUCCUAAAUGGAUUCAGUGGACUGAAGUCUAUUGAUGAUUCAGUGGAUGAACCAAAUACCAACAUGAAGGAACAAUUGAAGGUUUCUUCAAUAAAGGCUGGAGGAAUGAUGUCACUUGCAAUUGAUAGUCUGGGGAAUCUCUGGAUAUGGGGCAACUGUCCAUUUCAGCUUGAUAAAAGCAAUACAAAAUUCUCUCUUGUGAGCAUUGUCCCUCCAAAGCCUGUUUUGGAUUUCCAUGGACGAUUUGUUCACAAGGUGGCUUGUGGUAAUGAGCAUGUGGUAGCCUUAGUUGGCUCCUCAGAAACUUCGAAGGAUUUGCUAUGCUAUUCUUGGGGUAACAACAAUCAUGGUCAGUUGGGUCUAGGGGACACCGAAAGGAGGAGUCACCCUGAACUUGUGAAGACUUUUGGACAUGACAGUCCUUGGAUGGUUUGUGAAGUAGCAUGUGGGGCCUUUCACACCGCCAUACUCACACAAUCAAAGGCAGGAAUUGAAGGAAGAUUAAGCCACUGCUGGACAUUUGGCCUUGGUGAUAACGGUCAACUUGGGCAUGGAACCACCAAGAGUACAUCUAUACCUGAAACUCUGACUGGAUUACCUCAAGAUGCAUUGCUCAAAUCUCUUGAUUGUGGAUUAUUUCACACUUGUGUGGUUAGUGAAACUGGUGAUGUGUUUAUAUGGGGCAUGGAGAGAGGUCUUGGCCUAUGCCCAAAUGCCUGUUUUACUGGGAAUGAUGCGGGGGAUGCAUUAACUCCUGUAAGGAUGAUUUGUGAGGAAGAUUAUGGACCAAGAUUUAGAGACCCGAUUCAAUUAGCUUGUGGUGCUGCUCAUACUGUUCUUGUAGCGAAUGGUGGCUCUGAGAUUUGGACUUGGGGUCGUGGAACCAGUGGCAUUCUUGGAACAGGUAACACAGGUGAUAGUUUUCUUCCUUGUAGGGUGAUAUGGCCAGAACCUGGUGCGGACCUCGAGGAAAAAGAAAAGGAAAAAGAGAAAAAGGAGAUCGAACCUCCUGAAGGGGACUCUAAGGAGAAAGAGAGAAAUGAGACCGUUGAAAAGGUUUCUGAUGAAUUGGAGGGUGAUAAAAUAAAGGAAUUGGAGAAAAAGUUGGCAAUGGCAUUGGAUGAAGUGCAGCUUCUUCGUUCAAAGUUAAGUGUUAUGGAGAGCUACAUCAAUUUGCUUCAUUUCUCAAUUUUUGGGGAGAGCAUAGAGAAGGGUGAUGUGCUCUCGACCUUGCAGAAUGUGGGAAUAUUCGAUGUCGAGAGGGAGUGGGAGAAGAUGCUUGAGUCGGCCAGCCAUCGCAAGCUUGGUCAGCUUGAGGCAUUCUACCGUACCAUGCUAGCUGGAGUGAAGGACAAGCUGAUUAAGAGAAGGAUACAAGAGUUGCUUAGGGAUUGCUUCCAUUCUCUCUCUACCGGAGGCCAUAUUCCAUCCAGGGAUGAUUCAGUUUUCAGAUAAGUCUUAGGCUCUAUGAAGCUCUCUCUCUCUCUCUCUACAAACACGCACAUGUAUAUGUGCUCUCUCUCUCUCUCUACAUGCAUGCACGUAUACACGUGUGGUCUCCUAUAGACCCUCGAGUUCGUUUUUGAACCUGUAUGUGCCAUCACCUAAGUUUAUGGUUUUCCCGAAUAUUCAAGGCAAUAGGUUUGUAUCACACAGUUUGAAUGACUACCCAUUUUGUAUCAUUUGUAUUUCAUGUUUUUGUGUCCAUUAAAAGCAUUAGCACUAAUUAUAGUAACAUUUAUAACCAAGAAAAGAAAAUCCUUAUUAAAGCAUAUAAACUUUUGAUGUUAAGCUCCUUACAGAGGCUGCCUUUAUCUCUAAAGAGAAGCAAAUGCAUCAUCAUUGUGUCA